AUGACGAAGCCGCGCAGAGGGGUAAGUUUCCCCCAUCGUAAAAACGGCCUCUCCGACGGGCGCCGGUCUAGCUUUUCGGAGGCGAGCGAAGAUGGGUCGCCGACAAAGAUGCGAUCAACCACCACUCUCAACAACAUACAAGAGGCACCCCCGGCAACACCCCAAGACCAGGCAGUGGCAGACUACGAAAAGAAGAAGGCCAACUUUAUCACGCGGACACUAUGGACGUUUGUCAUGAUCGCCAUCUUCUUCGGCGCUCUCUUCAUGGGGCACAUCUACAUCAUCCUGAUCAUUACCGCCAUUCAGAUCAUCUCCUUCAAAGAGGUUAUCGCCAUCGCCAAUGUUCCCAGCAAGGCCCGAUCCCUGAGCUCGGCCAAAAGCCUGAACUGGUACUGGCUCGCAUCGACCAUGUACUUCCUUUACGGCGAGAGCGUCAUCUACUACUUUAAGCACAUCGUGCUUGUCGACAAAGUUUUGCUCCCUCUGGCCACCCACCACCGCUUCAUCAGCUUUAUUCUAUACGUCUUUGGCUUUGUCUUCUUCGUCAUGUCCUUGCAGGCUGGGCACUACAAGUUCCAGUUCACCAACUUUGCCUGGACGCACAUGGCACUGUACCUGAUUGUCGUGCAAGCACAUUUCGUCAUGAACAACAUCUUCGAGGGCAUGAUUUGGUUCUUCCUCCCUGCUGCGCUGGUGAUUACCAACGACAUCUGGGCCUAUAUUUGCGGUAUUACCUUUGGGCGCACCCAGCUCAUCAAGCUGUCGCCCAAGAAGACGGUUGAGGGUUUUGUUGGCGCAUGGGUCAUGACUGUACUAUUUGGUAUAAUUCUCACCCACUUCCUCACGCGCAGCAAGUACUUUAUCUGCCCUGUCAAUGAUCUGGGAGCAAAUAUCUUCACCGGCCUUUCCUGUGACCCGAACCCGGCCUUCCUCCCGAGAACGUGGACGAUGCCCGACUUCGUCUUCCUGCCGCGCGAUUUUGGCAAGCUCAGCAUUACUAUGGCUCCUGUCCAGCUGCACACCCUGGUUCUGUCCACAUUCGCGUCGCUCAUCGCGCCGUUUGGUGGUUUCUUCGCCUCGGGUCUCAAGCGGACUUUCAAGAUCAAGGAUUUUGGCGACUCAAUCCCUGGUCACGGCGGUAUGACUGACCGCAUGGAUUGCCAAUUUACGAUGGGCUUCUUCACCUAUGUUUACUACCACACCUUUAUCGCGACGCACAAGAUGGGCCUAGGGGGAAUAAUGGAGGACGCUAUCACGGGCUUGACGCCUGACGAACAAAUUGAGCUCAUCCGGGGAAUGGGUAGAUACCUUGCGAACCAGGGCAUCGUUGGUGCUGAUGUUCUGUCAUGUUUGGACUCGGCCUUGCCGAUGAGGAGGUAG